UCGCCUUGAGGCACGGCGACCGGAGCAGAGAGAGAGGAGCUACCUACCAUACCUAGACACCUUGGUGUUCCCUACACAUAGCGCCCCCUGCUUUGCUGCGCCCUCUGCCGCUUGUUUCAGAAUUACAGCCUCUUCUUACCGCGACCGCCACUAGAGACCAGUGCGUGCGUCUCCCUCGCUCGGCAGCUCCUCCAGGAGAAGAGGCGAUGGGGCGCGGGAUGCUCGACGACGACGUCUCGCGGCGGGCCACCUUCGGCGAGCGCAGCGGCGCGCUGCUGACGGAGGCCCAGGAGGUCGCCGCGCUCUGGGAGGCGGACGUCGGCGUCCUCAUCUUCGACAGCGCCGGCAGCCCACACACCAGUUGGAGCGAGCUGAUGCAACGCUACCAGAUCAUCACCAAAGGCAAGUUCCAGGGGAUAAAUCAUGAUGAUGACCGCCGUCAGCAGCUGUUGGGCGAAAUCGCAAGGUUGAGGCGUGAGCGCGACCGCCUCGAGGCCAGCGUGAGGGGGCUGACCGGGGACAACUUGCCAUCCGCCGCAACCACGGAGCUCGGCGAUCUGGAGCAGCAGGUAGAGCGUGCACUGGGUAAAGUCCGUGAGACGAAGGACACAAACUGCUGGAGCAGCAGUUGGACGAGAUACACCACAGGGUGCACAUCCUGGAGGAGCAGAACAGCUUCCUUCGCCACAUGAUGAGCGAGGAGGGGCGGCAACGUGCUGCCGUGGAGGCGUCGGCGCUGGUGGCGGAGCUCAUUGUGCCGAUGCAGCAGCCGGCGACGCUGUUCGGGGGAUUCUUCCCGGAGGUGGAGGAGGAGGGGGCAUCCACGUCGCUCCGGCUGUGGCCGCGGCAGUUUCCUGGCAGUGGCAGUUAAGGUCGGUGCGUUUUUUCGAAAGGGGACUGCUUGUGCUUGUUAAUCUACCGGUGAUCAAUCUGCAUCCUCACUAGAGUGUAGUCGCACAUUGUUCUGGUGUUAACUAAUCUAGUUUAAACUUACUAGUAGCAGGCCAGUAGUUACGGCUAAGGAUCCGGCGUAUGUUCAGAGGGCAUACAGCUGACAAGUAAUUGGGCCAUCUUGUCAACACUAUAUACAUAGUCCCGUUUUGCUACACAGAAUUUCCCCUACUGCCCCCAUAUAUAUAUGCAGCAGUAUUUUCAAGAGCUGAGAGGACUAUAGCUUUCAAGAGCAAAUUACAUUCCAUUUCUGCAUUUUCUUUGUUACACUAAACUUGUAACUUUUUUAAGCAUGUGAAUCACGCGUCAAAGAAAAAAAAAGGAACGGCUAGCGCUUAGUUUACCGUCAAAAAAUUCUACAAAUUUGUUCAUACACGUCUAAAAAAAACACUGUGCUAUAAGAAAUCAUCUAAGGUAAAAAUCACAAUGUUGUUUUUGGAGCUUAGGAAAAAAAAACAUUGCAUGUGAUCUCAACAUGAGAUCGAUCGAUCAUACUCACUUAUUAGUCGACUGAGAAUUAA